UGUGGCGCGGGAUUUGGCUGGAGCAGAUGAAUGCGCAGUAGUCGUUCUGCAGCGCUAUGGAAAUGGCGCCUGUGUUCAAGCAGCAGUAGUCGGCAGUUAUAACGAUUUACACUGAACUCACGGGAAUCCAAGUUUUCUCUUUGCGACUGCUUUAAAGUUCAGCAUCACUAGACUACGAGAGUUUAUCCAUGCGAACCGAGUCCGGAUUAUGUCCGGAAAAGAGUUGCCACCAAAGUCGUGUUUGAAGUAACGUAUAUCCAGUUUUCUUGAGGGCCGUCUUCAUCAUCAGCGCGCAGUAAGCAUGCGUGACCUGGCAGCCCAAGUCACCAGCAGCUUGCUGCGCUUCCCGGAGGUGACGAUAGAUGCUCUAGGAGAGGAUGAAGUUACGCUGGACUCUGUGCUCCAUGGGAGAUUUACUUAUGGAAAAAGUGGACUGGCCUGGCUUGCCUGUGGGCCUCAAUUGGAAGUGGUCCAUGCUGUUACUGGAGAGCGUGUCUCUGCCUACCGCUUCAGUGGGGUGUCCGAGCACCCGCCCACAGUGCUGGCCGUGCGGGACUUCUGUUGGCUGAAGCGAACAGGGCUGCUCAUCGGUCUGGAGGAAGCUGAGGGCAGCAUGUUGUGUCUGUAUGAUCUUGGUAUCUCCCGUGUUGUCAAGGCUGUGGUCAUCCCAGGCAGAAUCACAGCCAUUGAUCCCCUUGUUAGUUACGGAGGGGCCAGCGCUAACACGCAGCAUCUGCACCAGAGUUUGCGCUGGUUCUUCGGUGUGGCUGCUGUGGUCACAGAUGUUGGUCAUGUAAUGCUGGUUGAUCUCUGUCUGGAUGACCUGUCCUGUAGUCAGAGCGAACUGGAGGCUUCAGAUCUAGAGGUGGUCAAUAAGUCUCCAUCUGAGAUCCCACGUUUACGGGAGGGUGUGACGCAGCAGGGCAGACACCUGUGUCUUCAGCUCAGCAGCCCUACAGGAACUGGAGCGACAGCCCUGCAGUACAUCCAGCGCACCAACCAGCUCGCUGUGGGCUUUUCAGAUGGCAACCUACAGCUCUGGAACAUGAAGACCCUGAAAAAAGAAUAUCACUCACAGCUAGAGGGUGGCAGAGUGCCUGUCUAUGCAUUUACCUUCCAGGAGCCAGAGAAUGACCCACGGAACUGCUGCUAUCUGUGGGCAGUGCAGUCUGCACAGGAUCAUGAGGGGGAUGUAGUCAGCCUCCAUUUGUUACAACUGGCUUUUGGGGAGAGAAAGUGCUUGGCUUCAGGGAAAAUUAUUUAUGAGGGUCUGGAGUAUUGUGAGGAACGUUACAGUCAGGACUUGAACGGUACAACAUUUCCUCUAAGAGCUCAGGCCAUCAAUACCCGUCUGAUCAGCUGUCAGUCCAUAGAGAAGUUUCGCCACCACCCUGAUCGUGACGACAGCAUGACUGAAGUGACGUCUCCUGAUACAAGUGUGUCAGUUUUCAGCUGGCAAGUUAAAUCGUAUGGACAAGGCCAGCCAUCAACCUUCAUUGGUGUUUUUGACAUUAACCGAUGGUACCAUGCUCAGAUGCCAGAUUCAUUAAGAACGGGCGAAUCCUUACGAAACUGUCCGUAUCUGGCAGUGUGGUCUCUUGACUGUGUGAUCGAAACGACAGCUCCCUGUACACUGUUGGACAUCCUGAUUCAUGAGCGCAGUCUAAGUAGGGGUCUGCCCUACACCUGUCCUCCACCGGAACAGUUCUUCAGUCCCACAACCUACAAUUUUGAUGGAAGUUGUUUGCUUAAUGCUGGAAUUGUGCACUUUACUUGCUCUGGCUAUCAGAAAGAGACCCUGAGCUACUUGAAGAAGGUGGCACCAAAUUUAGGUGACAGCAUUUCUAAUGGAUACUCACGCUGUCUCAUGUCUGGCCUCCUAUCCUCUCGUCUGGCUGAUGUCCAGCCCUCCAGCCUCUCACAGGAAGAGCAGCUUGAUGCCAUUUUGUGCACUGCUGUGGAGACGAGCUCAUUGGGACUUAUCACUGGCUGUAUUAAACAGUGGACCACUGAAGAGCAACCAGGGUCAGCCGUCAAUCUGCGCUACAUACUGGAGUGGGCCUGGAAUAAGGUUGUGCGCACCAAAGAAGAACUGGAUGAAAUAUGUGCUCCGCUCUUUGACAGCUCUGCAAACUUCACGGAUCCCCAGACACUGCAGCUGCUACAGCACAGUCAGCGCUUGCUGGCAAACCUCAGCACCAUUUUCCACUGUUUGCUAAAUGAGGCUCAGGAGCUCACACAGAAAGGAUUGAUUGGACUCAUGAAUAAAUGCAUGGUGUCUAGCUUGAUCUCCCAGUACGCUCAGGUGGUUCUGUGGUUCUGCCGGACUGGUGUGCUUCCAGAGGGCUCUGAGGAUGAUGAUGUGCUGCAGAUAUCAAGGCCCUUUUACAGUCAUUCUGUUAUAAAGAAUUAUUACAUCAGCCAGAGGGAGGAGCUGCGGAGACUGGCCAAGGACAAGUGGUGUGCAGAUUGCCUCAUGAUUGAUGGCCUGGUGAGUCAGUGUGGGGAACGCCUUACAGAAAUUUGGAAAAGGGACGAGGGUGGAACAGGACAGUAUCCUCCCCCUUCACUUCAUGCCUUGCUGGAUAUUUACCUCCUGGAAAACAUUGAAGAAUCUACCAAACAUGCUAUUGUUAUUUAUUUGCUACUGGAUGUGAUGUACUCUUUUCCUAAUAAAAGUGGGGCAUCCGUGGAGUCUUUUCCUACAGCGUUUGCCAUUCCCAUUGGUCAAACUAAAACAAUACAAGUCCUUUUUAUAUCAUAACAACAAUAACAUAAAAACUCUCUGGAGCUGCUGUUACACCCAGCCACCAGUCACUCUCUGUGGAGCUGGCAGCACGAGCGUGUCUUGCAGGCUUUGAUGUGCCAACAGAAACACAGCAUUGCCCUGCGCUACCUGCAUGUGAUGAAGCCUCCCCUGUGCACUACCAACCAAGCCAAAUUGUGCCUCUCUGUCCUGCUUCAUAACAGGUGUAUUGUGGAGGCCUGGGCUUUGCUAAGGCAGCAUUGUAACAAAUUGAACAUGGAGGAGAUGAUGAAGUUUCUUUUUGAGACCUGUCAGGACCUGGGACUGAUGCAAGAGCUGCUGAAACUGCCCCUUGGACUUGCAGAACAGGAGUGUUUGGAGAGGUUCCUUCAAAGCACUGGAGGUUUCCAGAAUCGGGAGCUACUCAUGGUCCACUACCUCCAACAGGCAAAUUAUGUGCCUGCACUUCAACUCAACCAGACCCUCAAAGUGAACCUAGCAGCUGAUCGGGAUCCUAAAAUGAAGGAAAGGUCAAACACAAGGAACUCCAUUCUCAAUCAGUAUGGAAAGGUUCUUCCUCGCGUUCAACGGAAAUUAGCAAUUGAGCGAGCAAAACCAUACCAACACCCUGCUACGAUUCACAGAGAAGUUAAAAGACCUCAGCCUCUGUCAACUGUAGCUAAACGUUCAGCCUCUGAAAAUGUGAUGACCAGAGCAGCCUUUAUCAAUAAUGUCCUCUCAAAGAUCGAGGAAGUAUGGGUUGGCAAGAACACCACUCCCAAUUCAUCUCCUUUCAAAAGCCCCAAAGAGUCCGAAAUGCAAGUGCCUAGCAUACAUCCUUCCUCUCCACAUAAACCCGAGGCCUUUGUAGGAACUCCCAUAAACAUGCUAACCAAAAGAAUGUCCAGGCUUCUGGAUUUGGUUGUGCAGCCGUCUUCCCAGAAUUCUCCAGAGAGCUCUAAUUUGCCUGGCACUCCUACAAGGUCCAUUACUUCAUGGGCUGGACCGAAGAGUGUCAGCAAAGCUCCUGAGCUUAGUCUGCUGCAAACUCCACAAGUGGUAAAGAGAGCUCGAGCUUUGGCAUCAGGCCCGGUUAUCUCAGCCUUUACCCCACAGUCAAUUCUGAGGAGCAGCCUACGUCCCACUCCUGUGGCCACCCCUUCUGCCUCCCCAGGCCGAUCAGUCACUCCUCCUCUCCGCUCCAAAGAGAGCCGUAUUACCUUCAUAGAGGAGGCUGAUUCUCCAGAAGCUCCCAAGGGCUUUGUCCACUGGAACAAUGGGAUUGCAAUUAACAGGGAGCUUAAUACACCUAAGAGAUCUUCCCAACCUCCUAAAGCAAGUUUUGCAGCCUGGAGUGAACAUUCAGAUGCUGAAGAGGAAGAAGCAGCUCUAAAGAGGACGUACAUGCCCUCACUGGAAGAGAAAGAAAAUCCUGAUGUAGAAUCUCAGAGUGGAUCCUCUGUCAAAGAGAUCCCUGCAAUGGAGUCCAAACAAGUGCUUCCCACUCUUGUGCGACGGCCUAGUCUGGGGCAAGAAGCAAGUCUUGUGUCCAAUCAGUCCGAUACCACUCUUGAGUUCCAUGAUGCUCCUGAGGAUUUUAUGGCAACACAGGCAAACAGCAGUGUGGAUCGGGAGGUGACCGUAAGACUUCCAAACACUUCAGAGGAAUGUGAGCCUCCUGUAGAAGAAAACACAACGGCAGAAUUACCCUCUGUUACGCCACCUGAGGAAGAGCUGAAAAUACCUCAUGAGAGCGAUACAGAGGAAGACUCGUCCCAUGGAAAGACACCUUCAGAUGCACAAGAAGCCCAAAGUAGGAAAGGAAAGCUUGAGGUGCAUGUUGAUAUUGAGAACGAUUGUGUGAGGGAAGUAAUUGAGGAGGAGCUUGAGGAAACUUCAGAAGCUCAGGUUCUCAAGCCGGGUGUAGUUACAGAGCCGAAGCUUGUUGUUCCAGUUCAGGAACCAAGUUUAGAUUCUUUGGCUGAGAUUUCUAAACAUCAGGAAAUCCAGGAACCAGCAGAAGCUGAAGAUUCACAAAACACAUCCUCCAUUUUUGUUGAAGCUCUCAGUUUUCCUCCUACUAUAGAGCCUGUGAACGUGUCUAUGGAAGAAAAUGCUGCUUAUGACACUAUUGAUGAACCAGCUGUCACCAAGGUAUCAGAGGCAGUACCAGAACAACUAGUUUGUGAGGCUUCUGUAUCUGAGAUUUCAGCGGUUGAGUUGGUGAACCACGAACAAAUGAUUAGUGAACCUGAGAUUAAUGAAGAAUGCAAAGAGGAAUCUAUGGAAACCUCAGAUUUGGAUGCCUUUGUGGAACAGCAUUUAUUUGGUCCAGAUCUGUCUCCAACUUUAACCCGGUCCAGUAUUAGGGAGGGAUCACUCAAAAGUGAACCAGGUAGUGACAUUAAGGAAGUUCAGCCCACUUCUGAGAAUGCUGCAGAUCUGAAAACACCGACAUCAGAACCUGCUACCUCAGAGUCCAGAUCUGUAGUGAGCUUGAAUGACACUGAUGAGCUCUCCAGUGCUGAAUCGUCAGAGGGUGAAGAAGAGUCUGAAGAUCAGAAGGUGGAGGACUCCGGUAGUGAGGUUGAGAUUAUAGAUGAAGUAAAGGGUAAUGGCAGCAGUAACCACCAGCCUGCUCCUGCCCUUUACAUGGAGGAACUCCCACCCCAUGAGCAGUACCUCCAGGAACAAGCCAAUGCUGUGCUGUCACUGGUUACACCUGAGGCACAGCUGAAAGUUCAAGACACUGACAUCACAGAGGAAGAAGGUGAAGUUGUAAUGGUUGGCCUUGGCCCUUCAGAACUAGAUGAGGAAGAUGCAAUGUGUUACACGGAGCUUAAGCCAUCCACCACUCUCCUUUUACCUGUAGAGCUGGCUGAGGAGCAGCAUACACAUCUUGUAGAUGGAAGAACUUUACAGACCCUCAGCAGUGCACCAGAUGGUACAAUGCCAGAAGAGUCUGAUGGCUUCACGCUCAUGCUUGAUCCAGAUGUAGAGGAACUGCCUGAUGUUUCAGAGCUGGACCACAAUGCAGCAUUGCUACCUCUACAGGAACCAGAAGAACCUCAGGAUGUGGAGAAUCAGCUCACAACUAACUCUGAGGUUGUCAUCUUGGAGCAUACGGUUCAAGUUCCAGACAACAGAUUGGAAGACAUAAACGACUUGGUAUCAGAUAUGGAACCUGUUGUCAUGGGUGCUCCUAAAAUUGAAGACCAACCAGCUGAGGUCCUCCAGAUGGUGGAACAAAUAGUCACACCAGAAGCAGAAACUUCUCUUCAAGAAACAAAAUAUCUUUCCAAUGGUGAUGGGCUAGAAUCUGGUCCUUGUGAGAUGCAGGAAGAAUCACAUACUCCUCUUCAUGGGGAAGUGUUGGAGUCUUCUCUGCCAGAGAAAGUCUUGCCUUCAGAAGAACUUUUAGGGAAGGUCAACGAAGUUGCUACAUUGGACACAGAGGUGUCAACCGCUGCAAAAGAUAAUAUAACUGAGUCUAACCAAAUAGACACUACACUUCUAUUGGCUGGAGAAGUUGAGGAACUUUCCACAACCAAACAAAUGGGAAGGCCGAAGUCACCAGGAAGGCCAAAGUCACCAGGAAGACCCAAGUCACCUGCAAGAACAAAAGUUGAAAGAUCUGGAAAAGCUACAGAGGAAGUUCUGGAGAACAUUAAAGAGGUUCAGCACAGCCCAUCACGGAGAACUAGGAAAACAGUAACAUUCCCUGUCCCUAUCCUUGAUGGAGAGAAGGAUCUUACUGAAGAGGAACAAAUGGAUUCUCAAGUACCUUCAACACCAAGACGCAUCACAAGGAGUGGCAAACAGCUCCAAGACUAUCAAGUUCCUGUAACACCCAGAAGAAGCACAAGAAAAGCAGAUUCAGAACGGCAUGCUAAUGAGAAUGACCAAGACAUGCCUUCUGAGAAAGUAUCAAAGCCUGCAAGUCCGGCACGAAAGACCCCACAGAAAGUAACACCUAGGAAAGGAUCCCGACGAACCAGGAGCACAGUGGUUGGUGAUGAUGAUGAUGAUGAGGCCCUGUCCACUGAUCCUGUUCUCAGUGAUGACUCAGAAACACAGACCAGGCACAGUAUAAGAAAAUCCCAAGCACCAAGUGUUGAAGUUCCAGAAGCUCAUCAAGAAGUCCCAGAGGAGACGAUGCAGCCAGCCAAAGCACGUAGUAGUCCUAGUAGGGUUACACGCAAGUCUACCAGAGGACUAGCGUUAGAAAGUUUCCAACAAGAUCCUGCAGAAGAAGCCACAACCCUAAAUCAACCUCUUAGAACACCUCCAAGAAGCAGGAAGGAGACUGUGGCCAGCACUGCAGAAAAAGUGAACAAUGCAACCUUUAUUAUCGAUGAUGCACAACUUCAGAGUGUAUCAAGAAGACUUACGAGAAGCCAGCACUGGAAUCAAGGUGAGGAUCUUGAUAAAGAAAGACCCGAUUUGACUCCUUUGAAAGUAGAGACUGAAGCUCCCCAAGCUGAUGCCCUUGUAGAGCGACUCAAAGAUGAAGAAGCCAGGGAGGAGACUGUUCCUUUUGUAACGGAAAUUAUACGUGCCAAAAGAAGACCUACUAGAUCUGCAGCACCUCCUUCACAGAAUGAAACUCAAAUAGCAGACAUUGAAGAAUCAAAAUUGAUGGUGUCCGAUGUAAUACAGGAACAUGCAAGCAAGUCACUUUCAAGUGCUAGACGUACACGAGCGAGCAAGGUAGCAGAACAAAACUCUACAGCUGUCAACAAUUCAGUUACUCCCGUAGCUGAUUUGAAGAAAACAAGAGGAAGGAGAAAAGAAACUGUUGUGCGAAAUGAAGUUGAAGUUCCAGAGGUUUUGUCAUCUUCUUUGCCUCAAACCUAUAGCUCCGGAGGUGAAGCUGAUUCUCAAUCCAAAGAGGACAAUGGCCCUCUUGAUGAUGUUGCAGUUGAAACUGAGGUUGUUAAGCCCAGAAAGAAGAGGACAACCAGAACAAAAGCUGCUCCAGAACCUCCACCUCCUGUUGAGAUCAGUUUCCUCUCUCCCGUCGCCAGUCCCGCUGAACCGAUCGCUAGAACUGAAAAGAGAACUGAAGAAAAGGAAACCCCUUCCCUGAGGAUGAACCUACGCCGCAAACGCAUGAUGGAUGCCAUUUUUCCUAAACCUGUAACAAGGAGGAAGAAGCUUUGAUUGCGAAUUGUUUCAUUUGGACUCGUUUCCCAGUUUGAUUUAUUUUUUCUGCUCUCCUUGUUUUAUAAGAGCUCUGCAACCUGCUGUUUUCUAAUUAAGAUAAUCAGUGGAUAAUGUUUGGAAUAAUAAACAUCUAAUUUGGGAUAAAUAAUUUUGUAUUAUAAAUUAUGCUGUUUACCGUAAGGAGCACUGAGGGACUUGAGCACCAGAAAAGAAAGGUUUAGUUUUUAAAUGUGUUUCUACUAAUUGAUGCAAAUGUAAAUAGCCUUUUAGGUAUGUUAUAAAUAAAAUUUGAUACUUAUGAAUUAUUUUGUUACUUGUUUUGUUUACAGGAAAGAUUUUGCAACGUGUAAAGUCAGAUCAAACAGUUACAAGGUUUAUGGUUGUACCACUUGGGAGAUGAUUCAUAUAGGUGGAUACUUUACAAUAGUUGAAAGUGUAAUAAAAUCAUCCAUAUUGCAUGGAUGAACUUCUUGUUUUGAUGCUUGGCACUUGGUCUCCCCUAUCUUGAGGCCUUAAGCUGGUGAACACAGCAUUAUUCAUUCAUUGCAGAUAAUAAUGUACAUUUAUUUUCCUUCAAAUGCAUCAGUUUUAUUUUGAACAGCAUUGUAAACGUAUUUGUAAUGCCCGUUUGCUUUCAAAUACAGAACAAGAGUUUACAAUC